AUUCUCUUGUCGAGCAGGCACUUUCCUCCGUGAAACUGGAAAGAAUGGCUUAAAAGGAUUUGCAGUCCCUUGCCUUACCGCUCGGCCAUGUCGCCAGAAGGAUACAAAAAAUUUGGGAACAAAACAGGCCUAAGAAAACAUGACCCCAGUCCAAGACUUGACAUGUACCCCUCUUCCAGGUCCAUCACAAGGAAAACAUACCUCCUAUUCUAAUUGAAGCACAUCGGACUGACUGAAUUGGGAUUUUCUCUUGCAACUCCUAAGAUCCUGUCCUGUGCGGGCUCCUAUUCAACAAUUCUCUAGUCUUUCAUAACCAGGUUGUGCACGACGGAGCUGUUGAGCGUUGACAGAAGCUGAAGACUAAGUAUUUGGUGGGCAUGAUAGGAAGAUAUAUACGAUGCUUGAAGUGUCUGUAUCUACCAAAACUCUCAAAGAACCAGUUUCAGAUGUCAGUUCUGGUGAUCCACCGGUUCAUUUCGUCUAGUCCACAAAUUAUUCCCUCCAGAAUACAAGAAAUAGGGCCUAUUCGAUCCCCUGAUUACGAACUUUCUUUGGUUUCUUCUUUGAAGUCCUGUUCGGCCUUCUCCUCUAUCCCCCAAGGCCAGCAGCUUCAUUGCCUUAUCUUGAAAUCUGGGCUUGAUACCAACAUUUUCAUUGUGAACAGUUUAAUGAGUUUCUAUGCAAAAUGCCAAUCCGUUGACGAUGCUAAGAAAAUAUUUGAUCUGCUCCCAUGGUCAGAUCCUGUUUCUUGUAACAUUAUGAUGUCUGCUUAUGCUAAACUAGGAUGUGUAGAUGAGGCAUGCCGACUGUUUGAUAAAAUGCCCCAUAAGAACUGUGCAUCGUACACUACUGUCCUCAUGGUUUUAGUUCGCAAGGGACUCUUGAACAAGGCGAUCAAUGCUUUUAGAGAGAUGAGAUGCUUGGGGCUGGUUCCCAAUGAGGUGACUAUUGGGAGUAUGAUAUCAGCUUGUUUGGAAUGUGGGGGGAUCCGGAGUGGGAAAAUGCUUCAUGGAUUGGUUUUGAAGCUUGGUCUUCACGGGUUUGUUCACGUUUCCACUAAUUUGCUACAUGUCUAUUGUGUCAGUGGUUCUCUCAGGGAUGCUAAUAUUCUGUUUGAUGAAAUGCCGGAAAGGAAUAUUGUUACAUGGAAUGUGAUGUUAAAUGGUUAUGCAAAGGCUAAGCUUGUACACCCAAUGAUAGAGCUUUUUGAGAAGAUGGUCGAUAGGGAUGUGGUUUCUUGGGGUACUGUAAUUGAUGGUUAUAUCCUUGCAGCAAAGUUACAUGAGGCUUUGACAUUAUAUAUUAAAAUGCUUCGUACUGGCUUGAAACCUAAUGAUAUUAUGAUCGUGGAUUUGAUUUCUGCUUGUUCAAGAAUGGUGGCAAUUGCAGAGGGUAAACAGUUUCAUGGUGUGGCAUUGAAGACAGGGUUGGAUAGCCAUGACUUUGUCCAGGCAACAAUAAUCCAUCUUUAUUCUGCUUGUGGGGAAACUGAUCUUGCUUGUGUCCAGUUUGAAUUAGGUAACAAGGACCAUCCCGUGUGUUGGAAUGCUCUAAUUGCAGGACUAGUUAGAAAUGGUAAAGUUGACGCAGGCCGGUCUCUAUUCGACAGGAUGCCCGAUCCGGAUGUUUUUUCUUGGAGUUCAAUGAUAUCUGGUUAUUCACAAACGGAUCAGCCAGUUUUGGCACUGGAACUCUUUCAUAGAAUGGUGGCUUGUGGCAUAAAACCAAAUGAAAUCACAAUGGUAAGUGUCUUCUCUGCGAUUUCUACUCUGGGGACAUUGGAAGAUGGUAAACAGGCCCAUGAGUAUAUAUCCAAGAACUGUAUUCCUUUAAACGACAAUCUGAGUGCAGCCAUAAUUGACAUGUAUGCUAAAUGUGGCAGUGUGGAUACAGCUUUAGAGCUGUUCUACAAAAUCCAAGAUAAAGUAACUGAUGUCUCACCUUGGAAUGCGAUUAUAUGUGGAUUAGCUAUGCACAGUCAUGCUGAGCUGUCACUUGAAAUUUACUCUGCUUUGGAGAGACAUAAUGCCAUAAAACCCAACCCAAUCACAUUCAUUGGUGUCUUGACUGCUUGCUGCCAUGCUGGGCUUGUGGAAGUAGGUGAGCAAUAUUUCAAGAGGAUGAAGGAGUUUUAUAGAAUAAAACCAAACAUCAAACAUUAUGGUUGCAUGGUGGAUCUUUUGGGGAGAGCCGGAAGGUUGAAUGAAGCAGAAAGGCUUAUAGAGAGUAUGCCUAUGGAGGCCGAUGUUGUAGUGUGGGGUGCACUUUUAGCAGCAAGCAGAACACACGGAAACACAGAAACUGCGAAAAGGGCAGCUGAGAACUUGGCGAAAGUGGGGCCAUCCCAUGGUCCAAGCAGAGUCAUUCUGUAUAAUAUUUAUGCAGAUGCAGGCAAGUGGGAAGAUGCAUUUCUAGUCAGGCAAAAGAUGCAAACCCUAAGUCUGGCAAGGGAAAAAGCUUACAGUGGAGUAUUUCUUGAGCAUCAGAGAAUCUCUUAGACGUAUGCUUGCAGAAGGUAAUAAACCUGUGACUGAGAUGCUGAAACAUGGAGUAGCUAGGAGCCCAGGACUGAAAAGGGAAAAUAGAAAAUUUCACCGAACCAUGUAAACAUUACAAAAUUGGUUAUGGGACAAUUUUAGUGGGACAAACCGGAAAAGAAAAAUGGGACAAUCUUAACGGGACCGAGGCAGUAAUAUUUUGAUUUUUGAGAACCUCCCCUCUAAAAUCACCACAUGUCUAGUCGACAUACCUUGGUGGCUCGGUUGCAUAGAAUCCUGAUGCACUCUUCAAUUUCAUCCACCCAGCUCUGAUUCUAUGAGAUACAUCUCCAUCUAAUUCACCAUCCUUCUGAAUUAUGGAGCCCAAGUAACGGAACAUAUCACACACCGGCAAUGGAGAUGCAACCAAUCGUUGAAAAAUACGAAAUGGAAAAUUAGGCCUUGAUGAAUGCUCUACUACAAACAACAUAUCCUAAUAUUCUUUAGAAAAGAAGUUGUUGGCAUGUUUGAUGUUUCGCUCAUGUUUUAUUUGGUCAAAUACAUAAAAAGUCAUUGAGUUGUUAAUCUUGCACAGAGGUUUGAAUUAUUCUAAUCAUGAAGUUUCCCAUAACUGUUGUCCAAUAGUAAACUUAUUCAAAUGACUGGAAACAAGGUACAGAGACUGAGGACUUGUCUGCAAAAAAUGUAGCAUCAGAACUUGUAAAUCCAAAAUUUAGUCAAACACACAGAAGCUUGCAUUUUGUUUUGAUUUUCCUGUGUUUAAUUUAGUCAAAAUACUUAUAAAUCCAAAAUUCUGGUUUAUAUGUGAUGUUUUAUUUUCUUUUUGCAGGAACUAAAAUUAUGCAGAGAGUGGAUGAAAACAUUAGAAUACGACCCUGGAUUCAAAAUUGGAAUGCUCAAGACUAUGAAGAUAGAAGCUGAGGUGCAACCUAUUAGAAGGGAGGAGGAGGACACAAUCGAUGACUUAGGAUGUUUUUACUUGGUCUGAUUCUGAUCUAGUCUGAUCUAGUCUGGUCAGGAUGGUUGAGGCCAAGAAAGCUGUUCCCAGGGAUGACCAAAUCACAAUGAGCUGAAGCAGUAGCUAUUCAAGGUUCUCCUGGUCCAAGACGCACAAGAAAGAUUUUUGUAGGUGGAUUAGCUUCCACAGUCACUGAGAGUGACUUCAAGAAGUAUUUUGAGCAGUUUGGGACAAGAGGCUUUUGAUUCUGAGGAUGCAGUGGACAAUGUCUCAUUGAAGACUUUCCACGAAUUGAAUGGCAAAUGUGCUGUUCCCAAGGAGUUGUCUCCUGCCCCUACUGCCCGAAGUCCACUAGGGGUGGAUAUAGCUAUGGAUCAAGUAGGAUUGAUAACUUACUGAAUGGUUAUUCACAAACGUAUUCUCCAAGUGCUGUUGGAGGAGGGUAUGCAGUGAGGAUGAACAGUAGGUUCAGCCCUAUGGCUGGGGGUAGAAGCAACUAUGCCCCUUUAGGCUCUGGGUAUGGAAUGGGCCUUAAAUUUGAACCUGGAUUGAGUCCGGGGUAUGGGGUAGGUGCAAAUUUCAACACUACUUUGAACUAUGGCUGUGGUCCUUAUUAUGCUAAUAAUAACAACACAAGUAGGUUCGGCGGUCCUAUCGGGCUUGAUGGCGGAAAUGGAGGAAGCUCUUCCUUUUUCAACUCCACUGAAACUUGUGGGGUAAUGGAGGGUUAAUUUAUGAUAUUAACACCACAAACUCAAAUAAUUUGGGUGGGUGGGAGUGUCAACUUUGGAAGGGGAGUGCUUAACAGCUGAGGAGUUUGGGGUUCAUCUGGUAUUCCUGCCCAAGGGGGCGGAAUGUUUCUGGCCAAAGUGGAGGAAGUCUUGGUUAGGGAGGUGGUAAUAAUAAUAGCUCUUAUGGCUUGGGUGUAGGAACACCCGGUAGAAAUGUGGCAAGCUAUGACAGGUCUUUUGCUAAGUUUUAUGACAAUGAGUUCAAGUACACCGAAUCUACAUGGGGUGAGAGUGAUGGAACAUUUGCCUAUCUUCCAGGCGGCGGUGCAACCUCUGACCUGCCCCCUCAAACUUCUGCAGGUCCUGUUAGUAGUAAUGGUGUUUCAAGUAGACAGAGUUACAGAGAACUUGACAGUUAGGUAUAUUAUGCAAUUAGGGUUUAAUGCUUGUCAAAUCUUCUUGUUGCGGUGAACCAUGAAUAAAUAUUGCAUUACUUCCAUAGCAUAUUUGAAUUUUAGUACACGAUGAAAUAGUUGGAAAAUUCAUUCCAAGAGCUGACUAGAGAGAGUAAGUUUCUUUUUUUGGGUGACAUUUCAAUUUUCAAGUGUGGUCUAAACCAGAUUGGCGGUCGCAAAUGUAUCUUUGCAUCUCUGAUAACUACUAGCGGUGUACGCACUUAGUGCGAUGUGUGCCCGAUACAAAAAAAAACUUAGUGACUAGACAUGAUCAAUUGAUUUUGUUUCUAUAGAUAUGCAACAUUUUAUUAUGUA